AUUAUUGUAUUUCAUGUCACACGCGCGCACAUCGACUCACGCUCAUUUUCUCAUAUAUAUUAUUAUCACUUAUACACCCGCGCAUUUAUUUUUAGAGGUUUAGAAUAAAAAAUUUUUUUGAAAGUACGCUGCGCGUGUUUACUAUAAAAAUUCAUAAACUUUCUUUUUUUUCCUAUAUAAAAAAUUUCUCCACAUAGAGAAAAAAUAACGAAUUUUUUUUCUCAUCCAAGUUUUCUCUUUUUUUUGUGUCUAAAAAACCCUCUUUACUUCAGUGUAUGUGUAUGUGUGUGUGUGUGUGUGUAAGAGACUCUCGUGUUGUUUUCUGUCCGUCUUUUUCUUUCUCUCGCCGCGUAAAAAAAAAAGCAUUCCACCUUCAAGUCAGCGGCAAAGGUUGUGACUGAUAAGCCGCAAAUUUAAUUUCGAUUAUUUUAACAAAAAAAAACCAAUUCAUCGAAACAUUUUUUUUUUUGCUCGGGAAUGUGAUUCUUUAUUGUAAAAAAUAUAGAAAUAUUUGUGUUUUUUGGAGGUGAAUGAAAGAAUUUUUUUUUUCCGAAUUUUUAAUAUUCAAUAUAUCCAGUGAAAGUGAUUUGGGAAAUAAUUUUUGUUUCUACGGAGAUAUUUUGUAUGUCGUUCCUUUUGCUGACAUUCGCGAUGUCAGCUCAAUGAUUAUAAUAGUAGUAGUAGUAGUAUAAGUAUAGGCGCAGCGUCUUUUUCGUGGGAGAAAAAAAAGUAAAUAGGUGGAAAAACAAUAAUAAAUUUUUUUUUUCUUUUUUGAAAAGAGAGAAUUAAAUAAUUUGACAACAGAAAAUGAAUUUCGCGUGUAAGUGUCUUAAUGUGUCGAUUAAAUCGAGAAGUGAUAAACUCGAAAGGGUCAUUGUCGAAGACAUUGUUGGAUUAGAUCCCGAUGAAAGGCUCGACGCCUUUUUUCAAGAGGGCGUAGCAACAGUUCCAGAAUUGGAGGUAAUAGAAAAGGAACAGGCAACCUUGGUUGAAUGCAAAAAUAUUGGCUCGUGGACAACUCAUUAUUGUUGUAAUUGUUCGAUGUACACGCACGCCGUAAACUCCGAAGAUGGAAAUGCAAUAAUUUUGAUCAACACAAAAAUGAUCAUGUCAAAAGAAGAGAUGGAACAGAUAAAGUCAUCGUCUAAGUACAGUUCAGUGUUUAGGAUAGUAAUUGACCGGAAGAAGUUAAACGACAUGGAUUCGUUCUUGCCACCGGUUACGUUCCCUGUAUCACAGAUUCCAAGCAGUCUGCAGAACGCUUUGCGUAGCCUUCAACAACAAUUGCAAGCUGCCAUCAAUAGGGAAACACAAAUUAUUGAUGAUAAAAUUCACGCCUACACCAUGGAGCAACGUAAAAUUUUAGAAAAAUUCCAAGAGCAAGCUUACAUGGAUCAUCGACUGUUGAGCAGAAUGAUAUGUAAAAAAGAGGAGAAACCAAAAGUGGUUGCAAAAACACGAAGACGAGCGAAAAAUUUAAAGACCAGUGACUCUACCUCAGUAUCAAGUUCACUGUCUGCAAGGCCACCAACUGAAACAAGUUCGAGUGACACUGCUUUCAGUGGAUCGAAUAUUAUGACACAACAUACAAAGUCGUCCAUAAAUUCCAAUCUCGUAAGUGACAAUGGACACAGUGAUAAAACUGAUUCAGUUAAAGCACGUCGAAGAGAACCGAGUAGCUUUGAUGCCGAGGCACUUUUUCUUCUCGAAGGAAUGGACGACACUGUUUAUUCGGAUGAUUGUCUAUUGUCCUCCGAUUUGGAAUCUGAUACCGAUGAAUCGGUGAAAAACGAGGGAACUAAUAUACCCAGAAGCCAAAAGAGAGGCUAUCCAAUGUUAGCCAAAUCAUUACCAGUGACUGUACCUGAUUUUCGUCCAUUUGAUAGGCGCUUACCACAUGACGAAGAUGAUGAAAAAGAAUCAAUGGAUCCGCUAGACCCGCAUAAUAUUAGAGCUUCAAUUAAAGCUCUAGCCAAAAGUGUUCAUGGCGAUCCAGUUUUUGGUGAUUUGCCGAGACCUCGAUUCUCCACUCAAAUCUGACUGGAGAAAAUUAAUGAAUCAACUGACUCCCCUAGAUUAGUUUCGUAUAAAUUAAGUGUUUCCUAAUGUGUCAUUUCACCGACCAUCGUAUCUUUUUUUGUCUGUCUUUUUUUUAGCACCUUAACAAUUUGAUACAAAAAAAAAAAAAAAAAAAAAAAUACUAUAGAGAAGUGAUAUUGCUAUAAGAUGUGAUAGGUAACGUAUUUUGUAUAAUUUCCUACUCUUUAAAGAAGAAAAAAAAAAAGUUUAUAGGUUUACAAUUUUUUGACUAAAAUUUAAAAAAAAAAUAAAUAUGUGCGCUAGUUUCGCAAGAAGAGUACUCAUAUAUAUUGUAUAAAUAAAUAUAUUCGAAUUUAUUCAAUUGAUACACAUAUAUUAUAUAUAAAUAUAUUUCUCGUUUAUGUGCUAAAAGAGACGCUUGAGAAAGUAUAUUAUAAAGAAGAUUUUUUCUUUUCUUUUUUUUUCAUUUUUUACCAAGUGAUCAAAUUGUUACUUUAUUUUCUUCGGUCUCGAAGUCGUUAAUGUUUAUAAUUACUCAAGUUUUUUCAAUAAAAAAAAAAAAUAUUAUACUUUUUAGUAAAAA